CAGGUGGGCCAGCCAUGAGAGGGUACCUUGUGGCUAUAUUCCUGAGUGCUGUCUUCCUCUACUAUGUGCUGCAUUGUAUAUUAUGGGGAACAAAUGUCUAUUGGAUGCCACCUGUGGAAAUGAAACAGAGAAAUCGGGUUCUGCCUUGUUUAUCAAAGCCAGCUUUUGCUUCUCUCUUGAGGUAUCAUGAAUUUCACCCUUUUCUGUGUGCAUCUGAUUUUAAAAAGAUUGCUUCCAUGUAUGGUAGCGAUAAGUUUGAUUUACCCUAUGGGAUAAAAACAUCAGCGGAGUAUUUUCGAGUUGCUCUUUCAAAACUGCAGAGUUGUGAUCUCUUCGACGAGUUUGACAACGUGCCAUGUAAAAGGUGUGUGGUGGUUGGUAAUGGAGGAAUUUUAAAGAAUAAGACAUUAGGGGAAAAAAUCGACUCCUAUGAUGUAAUAAUAAGAAUGAAUAAUGGUCCUGUUUUAGGACACGAAGAGGAAGUUGGGAGAAAGACAACCUUCCGACUUUUUUAUCCAGAAUCUGUUUUUUCAGAUCCCAUUCACAGUGAACCUAAUAGUACGGUGAUUCUCAUUGCUUUUAAACCACUUGAUUUAAAAUGGUUAUGGGAAUUGCUGACAGAUGGCAAGCUAAACAGUCGUGGAUUUUGGAAGAAACCAGCUUUAAACCUGAUAUAUAAACCUGAUCAAAUCAGAAUACUAGAUCCUUUCAUUAUCAGAAUGGCAGCUUAUGAACUGCUUCAUUUCCCAAAAGUGUUUCCCCCACAUCAGAAACCCAAACACCCAACGACAGGAAUUAUUGCCAUCACAUUGGCAUUUCAUAUAUGUCAUGAAGUUCACGUAGCUGGUUUUAAAUAUAAUUUUUCUGACAUCAGGAGUCCUUUGCACUAUUAUGGGAAUGCUACCAUGUCUUUGAUGAGUCAGAAUGCAUAUCACAAUGUGACCGCAGAGCAGCUCUUUCUGAAAGACAUUAUAGAAAAGAACUACGUAAUCAAUUUGACUCAAGAAUGAACCUACAGACGCCCAAGAUGACACUAUAACAGUAUUUGUUUUAUUUUUAUAUUGUAACUUUUUGCUUUAUUUUUAAUUAUGUUGGAUACACUUGUCAAAGAUUAUGUAUAUUAAGUUUGUUGCUACCUGGUGAUUCAUAAUCACCAGUUUAAUUUCUGUGAAAUUAAAUGAAAUAUUUAUGAAAACCAAGAAAAGUUAAGAUAUCAAGACAAAAAUUAAAAGUUUGACCACAUUGUAUUU